AUGGCUGAAAAGUUUGUUAUUGAAUGCGCGCGAUCAUAUCGAAGACGUGACCCCAGCACAGUACUUGUGGCAAUCCCGAAUCCCGUGUCUUCACCUCGGUCGCCCAUUGCCAGUAAUUCAUAUAAAAACAUGUCUCCGAGCGGAGUAUUCGCCUUAGCACUGUGCGGUUUCGCGGCGAUCUGCUCUUUAUCUGUCACUAAUGCCCAGGCGCUUGCCUCGCCAUACGACGCAUCAUCAGCUAUGUCCGACAGCCGGAGCGGAUGGGACGCGUUAGGAGGACUCUACGCGCUGCUGGCACAACACGACGCUCUUGGCGGCCACGCACUUGCUCGCAAAUCUGUUAGAUCACCCUCUCGCCGCCUUCGUUUUGGACGUCGUUCCGAUCCUGACAUGCCUCCCCAGGCUCCCCUUGACGAGAUGGAUGAGCUGUUGUCCCUCCGCGACGUACGCACCCCCGUCCGCCUACGCUUCGGCCGCCGCUCCGACGAACGCGCGGUACCCCACAUCUUUCCCCAAGAGGAACAAGACCGUGCCGUACGUGCUCCCUCGAUGCGCCUUCGGUUUGGCCGUCGCUCAGACAACAACAUGUUCUUACUGCCCUACGAAUCGACCCUGCCCAAGGAAGUGAAAGCCAACGGCUCCGUUGAAGACGAUAGACAACAGGAAUAA